AUGGAAAUAAAUAUUAAAUUAAAUUCAUUAAUUUUUAAUGAAAUAUUACCAUAUCUAUUAUAUAAUAAUAAUAAUUAUAAAAGAAUAUUAGAAUUAAGUUUAAUUUCAAAACAAUCAUUUCAAAUCAUUCAAAAUUUAUUAACUCAUAAACAUAUCCUCAAACUUGAUCCAAAUGAUCUAAUAAACUUAAUAAAAGAAAAUAACAAAUAUGAACUAUUUUUAAUAAAGUAUAAAGAGUUGGAAAUUAUCCAUUUCGAUCAUUGCAAUGAAUUUUCAAAAAGGAUAUUGAAAAAGAUCAAGAGUAGACUUUUAGAACAAUGUGAACAAUUAAAAAAAGUUAUUUUCAACAGAGCUACUGUUGGAUAUGAUACUCUGGAUGAGAAUCCAACAUAUGAUAAUUUUUAUGAAUUUAGAGGUUUAGAUUUAUUUUGGUAUACAGAAGUUCUUCCAUGGUCAAACGAAGCCGAAUUAAUAGACGAUUCAUUUAUAUUUUCAUUUGAAUUUUUAUCAAGAUAUCCAAAUUCAAAGAAAAUCUCAAUAUCAACAAGUUAUAGCGAUGUACUAAAGUAUUUAGAGUGUUUGGAUGGUAUUUUAAGAAAUUGUUGUAGUACAGUAGAAGCUAUUAAAUUUGACUUCCACAAUACACCCCAUGAUUUUGUUGGAAAAGUAAUAAAUUCAAAAUCACCAGCAAUCAAAUCAUUCACUGUUAGAUUGGCCAAUGACGACACAAGUAAAUUGGUUGCAAAUUUAUUUAGAGAAUCAGAAAUCUCAAAAAAUAAUACAUUAAAGGUGUUAAAAUUAAAAUAUUGUGAGGAAUUUUCCAUCCCACAUCUUAACCAAGAGCCAACCGAAUUUUUAGAAACACUAAUAGGUAAUCAAACUUUAGAAACAUUGGGUUUAAAAUUAUUCGAUGUAAGCAACUCGGAAAAACUAUCACCACUCAUCCAAGUACCAAAUAUUACAACACUAAUAUGUAGUCUCUACUCUUUCGAAGCCUUUCUUUUACAUUGCAACGAAAAUCAUAAUAUUACCACUUUAAAAGUUGGUUGUUAUUCUCAUCAAAGCAAUUAUCACAAUGGUUACUUUGAAGAUAAAGAUUUUACGAAUGUACUUUUAAAUUUCUUUAAAAAUAAUAAAUCAUCAUUGAACUCUAUUAUAUUUCCUGAAAUACUAUAUAAAUUAUAUAAUUUAAAAGAAAUUAUCAAAAAAGAAAGAAAUAAUAUUAAUAACAAUAUAAAAAAUAUAACUUUUAAAAAGGUUUUCAUUCUUUCGAAGAAAUAUAAAUAA